GCGCCCCGGUACGCUACCGUGCGCCUCCACCGCCACUUGUAAUGCACGAUCCUUGCGGUCCGGUGCAUCUCCGUGAGCCUAAGACGUCAGAACUGGAUUAAAGAAACCGGAGAGCAACAGUGUGUGUGUCGCGAUCCUCCUCCCCGUCCUCCACAGUUGUUUACAGCUCAACGUCGCAUAGGUUACUGGCAGUACAAGUGUUUGACGAGAGAAGAAGCUGCUCUUCUUCUUCUUCUUCUUCUUUCCGAUUUAAUGGUGGCGUCCAAAGGUGGCUCCUUUGGCCCUGUCUUCUUCCUGCUAGCGCUCGAUUUUCCCGCCCUCAUUGUGGAAUAAGAUCACGUCCCAAGGUUUGAAUCAUUCUUUAAUGCCGUAUGCUGUCUCGCUCUUCCUCUCUGAUCCCUGCCAUGGCUGUUUGUUUUUAUACUUCUGUUGCUUCUGGGGAGUGGCGUCGGCUCGUUACGGUUUGCAGCCUUUUCUACUGGUGCGUCUCUGAUUCAGGGUGCUUUGGUGGGUUUCGGUUGAUAUAAGCGGUGGAGAAGAGAACGGUAGUUGAGGAGGCGAUGACUAAUACCAGAGUCCGGACUGCGUUGCAGGCCAUGAAAGCCCCCGGGAAGCACAAUAAAGAAACGAACACUGAGGAGACCGCCGAGAUGCAGGGGAAUAAAUCUAGUGGUGCGAAGAAAGGAUCCAACAAAUGCCAGUCUAGAAGAGAAAAGAAGAUAGCUUUACAACAUGACGUUGAUAAGCUAAGGAAGAAGCUUAGACACGAAGAGAAUGUCCACAGAGCUUUGGAGAGGGCUUUCACCAGACCCUUGGGUUCUCUUCCUCGGCUGCCUCCAUAUCUCCCUUCACAUACGGUAGAGCUUCUGGCUGAAGUAGCUGUGCUGGAAGAAGAGGUGGUUCGGCUCGAAGAACAGUUGGUGAAUUUUCGGCAAGGCCUUUACCAGGAAGCUGUACUCAUCUCAUCCUCAAAGAAAACCAAGGAAAUUGUGCCCGAUACAGACUCGGAUGGAGGCUGUUCUCAAAGUUCCAAAACUACUGAACAACUGAAGCUUCCUGCUGAUUUGCCGACUUGUCAAUCUUUAGUCUCCAUGAAACCUUUAGUCUCGGUGAGAUACUCCUUGGAUGCAGAACUAUCUGGGCCUUCCUCUAAUCAGUCUGCUAAUGGCAAAAGGAAACUUAACAAGCAGAGUGCUUCUUUGAACUCUUCUGAAGAUCGGCGAGGGAAAGAGAAUCAAUGGAUCACUAACUUUAGUAGGAACCAAAAGCAAUCUCCAGUAAAGAAAGUCUUGAAAACACAAGUGACUGUAUCGGAGGACCAACGUGCUGAUGCAGAGGCAGAAUGUGUGGUGAAGGAUAGAAAUACAGAUGAAAUGAUCUUGUGGGAUGCUUCAGAUGAAGCCUCGCUAGACAAGUCUACUGUUCCAAACAAAUUAUCUGAGGAUAUCUUGAAGUGCCUGAUGAACAUUUUUUUACGAAUAAGUUCCCCAAAGAACACAGAAAAUGACAUGGAGACAUCUCCUUCGAGUUCAGAUUCUUGUGAGAGUUCUGGAGAGAGAGACUCCCAAGAUCCUUAUGGUAUCUGUGCUGAGUUUGGCAAGAGGGACAUUGGCCCAUAUAAACAUUUUCGAUCAGUAGAAGUGAUCUCAAAGAGUCAAAAUUUUCUUAUGGCUUCAUCAUCUCUAAAGUGCAGACUAAAGGUUUUACUCAGAAAGCUUGAAUCGGUUGAUAUAUCAGAGCUUACACAUCAACAGAAGCUUGCUUUCUGGAUCAACAUCUAUAAUUCAUGCAUGAUGAAUGCAUAUCUGGAGCAAGGAAUACCUAAAAAUCCUGAGAUGAUUGCUGCGAUGAUGCCAAAAGCAGUUAUAAAUGUGGGUGGCCAUUUACUUAGUGCUAUGACAAUAGAACAUUUUAUAUUGAGAUUGCCUUGUCACAUGAAAAAUCUCUCCCCGAAAGGACUAAAAAGCGAUACCAUGAUAAUACGAGGCAUCUUUGGAAUGGAGUGGCCUGAACCUCUUGUCACAUUUGCUCUCUCAUGUGGAAGUUGGUCCUCCCCAGCUGUGAGAGUAUAUACAGCAGCACAAGUUGAGGAGGAACUGGAAACAGCCAAAAGGGACUAUUUGCAAGCGACAAUUGGUAUAUUGAAACCAAAUAAGUUGGUAAUUCCUAAGCUACUCGAUUGGUACCUACUUGAUUUUGCGAAGGAUGUGGAGUCACUAAUGGCCUGGGUCUGCCUACAACUACCAAGUGAAUUGAGGACCGAAGCAGUUAAAUGCCUUGAGUUGGGCAGAAGAAGUGUCAUUCCACAGACAAUACAAUUUCUGACAUAUGAAUUCAAAUUCAGGUACCUUUUGGCACCGCACACGACUCUCUCUCCUACCUCAUAGCACAUGGUGGUCCAUGAAAUUUUGAAGUCUGAUUGUAUGUACACAUCUUUAAAAGAAAAAAUAAAAGAGAAAGUUUUAAAAUAA